UGUGUGUGUGUGUGUGUGUGUGUGUGUGUGUGUGUGUGUUCAGGGUGGUGAAAUCUAGGACCAUGGUGGUACAUCUAUGACUGCUUUACUUCUGUAAUGAAGCUUUUCUUUUGGAUUCCAGGGUGGACAGCUGACAGUGUGUGUCGCAGGCAAAGCAGAGGUCACUGAACACCUCUGGCUGAGUCACAGUGAUGCCUUGUCUAAAAGUGCUACAUACUUGUUUUCCUCUGGGCCAUAAAGUGCCUAUUGUCUGCACGUAUACGGGAACUUCAUUAGCCUUUUUUAAAAUCCCUUACCUCGGAAACCUUGAUUUGGACUUCUGCGAGAUCUCAAAUCUCUCUUUCCAGUGUGUCCUGGUUAGUCCAUGGCACAGGGCUGGCAUUUGACUGCUAUUUGUCCAGCAGUGUGACGUUGCUUGAUGAGAAUGUGGUGCCUUGACUGAUACUGAAAUCUGACCACAAAUAUUUUGGCAUGCUUUCAGGGCAAAGCGCAGCGUGACCAUGUCUGAGGGACCGAGAAAGUCCAAGCCCAAGUCCAAGUACCCAGCAACACGCAGACUGCUUCUGAAGACCAAACUUCUGCGGAAGGCAGAGAGUUUGCUGGUGAAGGAGAGAGAGCAGAAGUUGAUCGAACGGGAGAGCGCGCUGAAGGAGAGAGCACCCCCUCUGAAGCUCUCCGGCCUCUCUGUGCAGGAGCUGCAGGAAAUUUGCAAAGAUUUGCACCACAAGAUCGACAUUGUGGAUGAGUCACGAUACGACCUUGAACUAAAAGUGGCCAGGAAUGAAACAGAGAUCCAGUCACUACAACAGAAGGUCUAUGAACUGAAGGGCAAAAUGAAGCGACCCAACCUGAAGAGAGUUAAGAAGACGGCGGAUGACAAGCUGGGAGCUCUCACGGACACCAAGCUCAUGAAGGCCGACUUCAAAGCCAACCUCAAGACUGUGAAGAAAGAGGAGGAAAAGAAAGAGGAGGUGACAGACUGGAGGAAGAACGUGGAAGCCAUGUCCGGCAUGGAGGGCAGGAAGAAGAUUUUUGAUGCUGGCCAGUAAAUUCAGCAUUUUGCUGUAUUUUUUUAAAUGAAGGCAAUAAAAGACAUUUUGCAGAAAACACAGGUGUGUGUGUGUGUGUGUGUGUGUGUGUGUGUGUGUGUGUGUGUGUGUGUGUGUGUCUGAAUCUUCCAAAAACAGGUGAAAUAAGUCAUUCACAUUUUCUAAUAUAAAAUUGACUUGCAUGGAAUAUUGAUGAUUUUCUGCUAAAAUAUGUGCAUGUAUUAUCAGCGGAGAUGGAUUAGACAGAGGAAAACCUAAUAUUCCUAUCAUACCAAUUGUGUAAUGUAUUUGAUUCAUACACUCUGAUUAAAUGAAUGAAUACAUUUUGUGUAUCCUCACACAAAAUAUGUGCUAAUUUUGUUAUAGAUUUGCAUUUUUUUAAAUCAGGUUAUUUUUAACAAUGACACUGAGUGCAUUAAAGAGAGUGAGGUUUAAAGAUAGUUACAUGUAACACAAUUCAUUUGUAUUUUCAGUAAAAUUAAAAAUAUAUAUAUAUCUUGAAAGCGUUGUUUGUUUAAAAUCCAAAUGUGUAUGAUCAGAUUAACAUCAGAUUAAGUUUUGUUUGUUUUUCAUGGUAGAAACAAUAUGACUUAAAAACAUAUUUAUAUGUGAAAUAGAAUUUAGGUGAAACAAUUUCAAAAUAAUGCUUUAAUUAUUUUGGCAUAUUUGCAUUAAUUUAAAUAUUAUGGAGCUUCAGCUAUAUUAUUUAUUUACAGAUGGUAACUAUCCUGGUGUCAAAAUGCACAUGAUCCAAUUAAACAUUCUAUGAACUUUGC